AGAGCAGCAACAGCAGCGAGAGCAGCAGCAACAGCGAGAGCGGCAACACACACCUUCGCAAGACAACUGCCAGGGAAACACCCCGGCUGCCGCUCUGCAUCCACAGACUUUGGACGAGACAACUCGGAAAUUAACAACUGCAUCUGCUGCUGUCAAGUUGCUAAUGGCAUGCAACGCAUUGCACUGCCGCAAGAAAGCCCCUUGGCAGUCCUCGUUUGCGCUGGAGGUGUCUUUCUCCCCAAGUUGAUGGAGUUAGUGCAGCUGACGGCUGUUGCCGCCAGCGCUUUGCCACACGAUGUCGGCGGCAGCAACUCUGGCAGCAGUCACGGAGGGAGAGGACUGCCGAUCUACGGCUGUCUGAUUUGCGGGGAAAGUCGCUGCGCAUGCGCUGCAAAAGGAUCGCGUCUCCCGCUAGAGCUCGACUUAGGACCUCGUCUGCAGUUUCACUCCUGCAUCACCUGUGCUGUCAGCAAAGAAGAAGCGACGCAGACAAAUCCAGCGAAGCUGCUCUCCUGCGGUCAUGUCGUCUGCGCGUGA